UUCGUCCGGAGUCACUUUCACUGACUACACGGAGCGGCGUUUGGUGUCCUGUCUUGUUUUUUGGGGGGAGGAGGAUUAAAACACAACCUUGGAUACUUCUAGGAGUUUCUCAACAAUGUUACCAUCCAGCUUUUAAAGCUGUCAAAGGAUGCAUACAACACGCAGCCCGUCAUCCAUCCCGACAGGUGUCUCCGGAGAUGCCCUGGACCUCAGCUUGUCAGGCUCCCAGCUUUCUAUGUCCAAAAGACCCAGCAGCGCUUCGCCUGGGAAGUACUUCUCUCGGUCUGUGUCUGUGUCGGUGGCCAGCGAGAGCAGGGGGAAACGCAACACCCUGAGCGACGCCAGCUUCGGUAGCUCCCGCUCCAUUAAGAACCUGAGGCGAUCCAACAGCACCACACAGGUUAACCAGCAGGCCAACAUCAGCCUAAGUCAGGACCAGAGCGAGGACUACUUGGCCCUAUUUGACAGCAGCUCCGAUGGACGUAAGAAGCUGGCCAGCCUCAGCAAAGCCUCGCCGGACAGAACUACGUGGAACAUCCUGGAUGAUCAGCCCAGAGUUUUCCCUCUGCACUCGAGCUCCCGCAGCACCGGCAGCGUGGACUCGCCCACCAGCCUGAAGAAGAGAGAGCCUGGCAUCACUCUGGCUGCCACUUUCACUGCCAACAACAGGAGCAACAAGGGAGCUGUCGGCAACUCUGUUACUACUAUCUUACACAACAACUACUCUGAGAAGCCGCUCACGCCGAAGAGCUCCAACCAGAAGCCAUCUUUUAAUAACAUCCUGAAGGCCACAGCAAACGACGAAGUAUCACUGGAGAACGGCUCCGUCACAAAGUCCCAGAAGAACUUCUCUUCAGCUUCUUCCACCUCCAACAAUAAGAGUCCAGUGUCGGCCCAGCGCGGCAGCCCCAUCCUGUCACGAAGGAGAGAGGUCAGCGAGGAGGAGGCUGAGAGGUUUAUUCAGCAGGUGAACCAAGCAGCAGUCAUCAUCCAGCGCUGGUACAGACAGCAUGCCAAAAGACAACAAACCAACCACACAACGCUCAAACGCAUCCUCGCCAGUAAAAGAAAGGAGUGGGAGGAGAGAACAGCGGAGGACAGUCGCCUGGAGCAGCAGCAGCAGAAGAAAGACGACGACAGGAAACGGAUUCGUGAAGAGAAAGCCCGUUUGGCCCGCCUUGCUGCCAUACAGGAGCUGCAGCAGAAAAGAGCCCAGCGGGUUGCAGAGGUGCAGCGUGCAGCUGAGGUGGAGGUGGAAAACAUGAGGCAGACUGGUGCUGCAGGGCGCAAGAAGCCACCCAGGAAUUCUCCCACCAACAGGAGUCCAGCCUCACCGAGCAAUAACAGCCCGAUGUCUCCGACAGACGUCAAAGCUAAGAACACAGACUCCAAUCUGAAUGUUAUGGCCGACGUGGGUGAAUUCAGCUUCAGAGCCGUUUCUCCAGCUCUGUCUAAUCACAGAGGCUCUCAGUGCUCCCAGGAGCCGAAUGACAGAACAGAGGAUGAAAUUUGCCCGGAGCAACAUCAGGAAAACGACAGGAAAUCGAUUCGUAAAGAGAAAGCUCGUUUGUCCAGACUCGCCGCCACCCAGGAGCUACAGCAGAAAAGAGCCCAGCGUGUUGCAGAGGUGCAGCGUGCAGCUGAGGUGGAGGUGGAAAACUUCAGGCAGACUGGUGCUGCAGGGCGAAAGAAGCCACCCAGGAUUUCUCCCACCAACAGGAGUCCAGCCUCACCGAGCAAUAACAGCCAGAUGUCUCCAACAGACGUUAAAGCUAAGAACACAGACUCCAAUCUGAAUGUUGUGUCCGAUUUAGAUCUCUCCAGCUUCAGAGCCGUUUCUCCAGCUUUGUCCAUUCGCAGAGGUUCCCAGUGUUCACAGGAAAUUCUUCAGAGGUCGGUUAGUGUGGAGGACCAGCGGCAGGGAGCUUUGUCCAGCAGGACUCAGUCCAAAACCACACUCAACGAGCUGCUGGACACCCUGAAGCUGUUAGAGGAGGAGCCAGAGAGGCUUUCGGAGCCAAAGUCCUACCAAAAAGAAAAAUAUGCAUGGAUUGAUGAGGACGGGGACUCCAACUCUUUGACCACAGACAACCUGGAGCGUCACGGCCAGCUGAUUCACCACCCUGCACUGCCAGACGGGGGCGCCCUGCUCUCUGAGGCCAAGCUGCAGAGCAUCAUGAGCUUCCUGGACGAGAUGGAGAAGUCCGAACAGGAAAGACCGCGCUCAGUCACCUCAGGAUCGCACAGAGAGGCUGUGUUGUCAGAGGAGGAGCUGGUCGGCAUCGAGCAUGCGUCGGCCACCGCCGCCGAAGUCACCGGCUCCAUGAUGAGAAUCAAGCUGGAGCUGGAGGAGAAGAAACGCACCGUCAACAUGCUGCAGACCGCUCUGGCCCAGCAGAGGGAGCUUACAAUCAGACACGUGAAGGAGACCGAGAAAGAGCUGAACAGAAACUUCCAGCUCCAGAAGGAACAAUAUGAAGCCACCAUUCAGAGACACCUAGCAUUCAUCGAUCAGCUGAUCAAUGAUAAAAAGGCUCUGAGUGAGCGCUGUGAAGGAGUGGUGGGAGAACUGAAGCAGGUGGACCAGAAGUACACCAAGAAGAUUGCACAAAUGCAGGAGCAGCAUGAAAUGGAGAUCAAAAAGUUAAAAGAGCUAAUGAGCGCCACAGAGAAAAUCCGCCGGGAGAAAUGGAUCGACGAGAAAACCAAGAAGAUCAAAGAGAUCACUGUCAAAGGUCUUGAGCCCGAGAUCCAGAAGCUCAUCUCGAAGCACAAGCAGGAGCUGAAGAAGCUGCGGACGCUUCACGAGGCCGAGCUGCUGCAGUCGGACGACCGGGCGGCCCAGCGCUACGUCCACCAGUGUGAAGAGCUCCGACAACAGCUGGAGAGGGAGAAGGAGGAGCAGUGUCAGAGAGAGAGGGAGCUAGCAAAACAGAGAUACGAGAAGCAGCUUCAGGAGGAGGAGCUGUCGUUGCAGCAGCAGAGGAGGCGUCUCUACAAGGAAGUGGCCGAUGAGAAAGAGAGGCUGGCCCAACUGGCUGCGAGGCAGCGCGCUGAGCUGGAGGAUCUACGGCGGCAGCUGGAGGAGAACAGCUCCCUGGCUGGGCGAACUCUCAGAGUGGAGCUGGACAAGACCAGAGAGGAGCAGGAGAGGAGACACCAGGCGGAGAUGAAGGCCUUACAAGAACGUUUGGACAUUGAAAAGCAAACUUGGGAGGGAAACUACAAGAAGAAAGAGGAGGCGUGGCUGCUGAGUCGCGAGCGAGAGCUCAAAGAAGACCUGCGACGAGAACGCGACAAAGAGAUCGAGCUUGCUAUCUGGACGCUGGAGGAGGAGACCAGCAAGGACAAAGAGGAGUGUGAAAGGGCGGCUGACAACAGGGUGAAGCGAGUGAGGGAAAAGUACGAGGCCGAGCUGAGGGAUCUGGAGCGCUCGGAGAGGACGGCGGUGGAGAAACAACAAGACUUGAGGAAGCAGCAGAUGGAGAUGGAGGGAGAGCUGAUCAGAGUGCAGGGCCUUCUCAGACAGAAAGAACAGGAGAUUGAAGACGUCACACAGACCAGGGACAAGCUGGCUGAUGAGCGCCGCAGCCUGGCAGAGGUGAUCAGACAGGAGUUUGCGGACCGGUUGGUGCUGACGGAGGAGGAGAACCGCAGGAUGAAGGUGGAGAUGUCAGAAGUACGAGCGAGGCUACGACUCGAGGUGGAGAGGGUCACCAGGGAGAAGGAGGAGGAGCUGGCUGAAGUUCACCAACGAGUGAAGUCGGCCAUCUUGAAGAAAGAAGAAACCGUCAACAAUCUCCGAAAGCAGCACGAGGCUGCUCUGAAGAGGGCGGAUCACCUGGAGGCGCUGUGGGAGCAGCAGAGGAAGCAGCUGCUGGAGAAGUGAGUGACAGGGAAGGCCAAACUGACCCCCCCCCCCGCACCCCUUUCCUCCUCUUCCUCUCCGGCUACGGGCUCCAUCCGUUUGUGUGGCUCAAGCGCCCCCCCACCCCCCACACCUGAGAUCUGCUCCUCCUUCUUGGGAUGUUGCUGCUCCUGCCAGCAAGACUGAACCUGUGGAACUUCAGAGGGUUGAACAAGUGACUGAUCCUUGUCCUACCUCACUUGACAAACACAAAAGGGGGGGCCAUAAACUGUGUAGCCCCCCCCACACACACACACAUCCAGGUCUAAAGGAACGCGUUGUGUUGGAACUUCCCUAAUUUUAAAUGCCAUGGACCUGGUGGCACUAGAUCAAAAGACGGUGGAUGGAUGGACUUCUCAUUCUUACCUUUUUUUUAUUUUUUAAAAGGACGAUUGCUGCAGUUUUUUCUUUGUGACUGUAUCCCCCCCCCCCCCCCCCCCCCCUCCUCUCUCUCUCUCUCUCUCUCUCUCUCUCUCUCUGUCUCUCUUCCCUCCCCCCUUCUCUCUGCAGUCUGUGGGAGCAGGAAUGCCUCCAUGUUCCCCACAGAGCUGCCACAGAGAACAGUUCCAGAUGUUUCUGAAACCAGCCCGGGCCUGUGCUGGUGUAAAGUUGGAGGGGAAGGUGGGGAGGGGGGGUGGUGGUGGACCACUUACACCCGAGGACUCAGAUCAGACAGCAUCAGAGCUCCACUCUGAGCUCUGCCUCUACCAACUGGACCUCCUAGUGCCCCCCACCCCCCCCUUUUCUGUGUUGAGUCAUGUGUUUUUGUCCCAGUGCCCCCCCUCGAGGCGACCGCUAAUUACAGGAUCUAUAGACUCUCCCACACCACAGCAGCUCUCAACAGUUUUAUCGUGUGAGUCUUUUAACCAAAAAAUCAGCAUCUAACAAAGAGGUUAGAGGUAAUGUACUAACAGGGGUCAGAGGCUAAAAGCUAUAGAGUGUGUUCAGGAUGUUGUUAGAAGGAGCGAUAGGACGUGUAGACAGCUUAACAGGAACACAAGUGAAGAAAAAAUGGGAUGUUUGAGGUGAAAAGAGACAGAUGAUUGCAGAGUGAAUUUGAAAGUAAGAAGGAAGAAAGAAGAGGAGGAGUGAA